AACUGGAACAAUCUGAGUAUAAACUAGUAUAGUCUGGUAUAAUCUGUUAUAAACUAGAAUAAUAUGGGUAUAAACUGGUAUAAUCUGAUAUUAACUGCUAAAAACUUGUAUUAACUGGUAUAAUCUGGGUAUAAACUGGUGUAAUAUGAUAUUAACUGGUAUAAUCUGGUAUAAACUGUGAGUUUCUCUGCUGCAGCCUCUCAGCUGAGUCUUCUGUUGGCUGUUAAAUAAUCUUCUCAACAGUGGGGUGUGAUUGUGUGAACAGAGAAGGUCAGAACUUUGUCCUCCACUGUUUACACUUUAAUCAAAGGCAGAAUACUGGAUGGAGUAUUUGUUCACCUCCUGGUCGACCAGGUAGCAGCAGAAACAGCAACCUCUUUCCUCAGCUCGUUCUCCUCACACCUGAAGCUGGAUUCUUCUCGCCUCGUCUGGAUGUAUCCAGGUGGAUUUUAGCAGCAGGUUUUCACAGCUUCCGGGAUAAAACACCUGCAGCAGGUGUGUUUCUGCUGCCAACAGGAUGUCCUGCUGCUGCUGCGUGACGCCCAGACAGCUGCUGGACGGGAUCCAGGAGGAGGACCGGGAUCAGAUGGAGGUGUCGGUUCUGAGGGAACGGUACCGGAGCUGCAGGGAGACACAGAGGAUCCACCCUCAGGUGCUGCUGCUCCAGACAGUGUCUGAAGACGUCGUCACCGUUCCUCAGGGUUUGAUGUUGCUGUGGGAACCAACCAGCACCUCGGACCUCGACCUGACCUUUGACCCCUGGCACGUCCACCUGGACCUGCACCAGCGCUGCAGAACCGGAGGAACCAGAACCAGCACCAGAAGCAGCAGGCGUUCGGAGUCUGGAGACAGAAACGUGUCGUUGGUUUCGGAUUCUCUCGGCAGCUCCAGAGAAACGUCGCUCUGCGGUUCGUCCAGCAGCUCCAGAGACGACUGCCUCGCCGCCGCUCUGGACUCUGACGGAUCUGGAGAGGACCUGCAUCCAGACCUGCAGCAGCUCCAGACCCACCAGGAGAACAGCAGCAGGUCCAGGAGGCUCCUCAGCUUCCCGUUCCCCAGCAGGAAGACCCCCAGGAUCUCCGAGGCCGCCCGCCGGCUCGGCAUGUACUCAUCCUUCUGACAAACUUUAAAUAUUCCAGGUUAUUCUGGACCUUUUUAGUCAUUCUGGGCAGGUUUUGUCAUUUUGGACUUGUAUUGGCAUUUUUAAUGACUUUUAAGGAAUCUAGGAUAUUUUGUUGUAAUUCUGAACACAUUUAAAGCCAUUUUUGACAUUUUUUUUGUAUUUUCAAGUCAUUUUGGACAUAUUUUCAGUAAUUCUGAACAAUUUUUGAGUCAUUCCCAAAAGGUUUCAAUUAAAUGUAGACAUAUUUUAUGGUAAUUUAAAUAUUUUUUCUAAUAUUGACAUUCUUUGAGUCAUUCUUGACACGUUUUACGCAACGUUUUCACAUAUCCCAUGUCAUUUUGGACCUUUUUCAAGUCAUUCUGGACAGAUGUUAAGUAAUUUUGGACUUUUAUUGAUGUUUUUCAUGACUUUUAAGGAAUCUUGGAUAUUUAGUUGUAAUUCUGCACAAAUUCAAAGUCAUUUUUGAUAUUUUUUUGUAGUUUCAAGUACUUCUGGACAUAUUUUAUGUCAUUCUGAACUAUUUUUCUGUCAUUCCCAACAGGUUGUAAAUAAAUUUAAACAUAUUUUAUGGUAA